AAUACAAAUUCGGAAAUGAUAGUUACUUCAAAUGUGGAAAAUUACGCUUUAAAUGGAACCGUUGAGAUUACUACAGUAUUGUCAGCCCUAUUUGGUGUGAUAGCGUUAAUGCUAUUAUUUUUCCUAUAUGUAAAUCGUAAAUGGUGCUUUCAUACCCGACGAGGACUACAUUGUUGUGAUGAAAAACAUUUGGCCUCAAAAUGUGUACAAAAGUUAUCGCGAAAACGACGUUAUGAUAAUACCAGUUCGGAUUCAGAAGAGGACAUUUUAAGGAGAUUGCGCUUACAACAGGCUCGCGUAGCUUCAAAUAAUGGCCAUGGAUCGUAUACAAACUAUGGCAUUAAUCAGUUAAAUCCAUUAUCGCAAAAUUUUAACUAUUUUAACAGUGACCUGCAACGUGUAACAGUAGCACCACGUGAUUCCUCCAGAGAUCCGUUAGCUAUAGCAGAGCGGGGUAAGGUAGGCGUGCCUUCGUCACAUAGUGAGUGUAGUUCUAAUGAUUCGGUAGAAGCUUCGAUUGACAGCCAUACGGGUAUAUUAACGGGUGAAAAGAAAGAACGACAUCCAUCUAUUAGCAAAACUUCCGAUAUUUCAAAUAGUGCUUCUAUAAAAGAAUCUCGUAUAGAGGUAAAUACGGAUACAACUAAAACGACUAAAUAUCAAAAGGUUAAUAACUCAGCAAAUAGUAUAACCACACCUCCACGUCAAGAUAGUUUAGAAGAUGUACCCAAUAUUCUGUGUAAUAAUAACAAUGAAGAUGAACCCUUAUUUGAUACUAGCGACUUAAGAUCCAUUAAAUCCGAUGAUAUUUCUAUGCAAACUCAAUGCUAUGGUAAAUCCGGCAGUGUUGAAAUAUCUCUUCUUUACGAUGCCCCCAUGCGUAAGAUGACAGUUCAUGUCUUGCAAGCACGUGGUUUACCCACGUUGGGUAACGGUCAGCAAACGCAUACUCAAGUACGUCUUCUAAUGCUGCCGAAUAAGAAACAAAAACACAAGACCAAAAUACGUUCAGGAGAAAAUCCUCAAUAUAUGGAGAGUUUUCUACUGCAUCGUGUUACGCCGGAGGAAGUUAACAAUAUGGGUUUACGUGUGCGACUGUACGGUUGCGAACGUUUACGCAAAGAACGACUGAUUGGCGAGGCUUAUGUAAGCUUUGCUACCAUAGAUUUAGAAUUGGAAACAAAUCUAUGGCUGCCAUUGGAGCCAAGAAAUACAUCAUCGAUUUUGGGAUCAUCUAGUGAUCUAUUAAGUUUAGCUCGUUCCGAUAGUGCCGGCUCGACCACUUCAAUGCAACAUGGAGGUGUACCCGAGCUACUUUUAGGUUUAGGAUAUAACGGUACCACUGGACGUUUAACAGUUGAAAUUGUGAAAGGCAGUCAUUUUCGUAGUUUAAAUUUAAACAAGGCACCGGAUACAUAUGUUAAGUUAUGUUUAGUUAGUAGUAUAGGACAAGAGAUCUCGAGAGCAAAAACCUCAACGAGACGUGGUCAACCAAAUCCUCUGUUUAAAGAGACAUUUGUAUUUCAGGUGGCCUUGUUUCAACUUAAUGAUGUUACGUUAAUGGUUUCCGUUUACGCAAAGCGUAAUAUGAAGAAAAAUGAAAUGGUCGGUUGGUUUAGUCUGGGCCUAAACUCAUCUGGACCAGAAGAAGUGGCGCAUUGGGUGGAUAUGCGUGAUAUGGCUAAGGGGGAACUUUUGGCACGUUGGCAUGUCUUGGUGGAUUCCUGAUUCGAACAGUUGGGCCAAUCUUCACGUCGUGGCAGUGGUCUAGGCCUAUUGGUCUCCUUUGCCACAACAAAAGAUAAGUCCAAACUGAAAAAAUCCAAAGUCGACGACAUGGAGGAAGAAGAAUGCGGCACAGCAACAAAGGCUGAUGUGGUUGCUGUUGAUAUAGAGACUGGUCUUGAAUUAGAUUUUGUGUAAAAAGAACAAUAAAA